CAGGCGGUCAUGGACCGUAUGAGCUCCACUGGGGUGCUAAGCUAAUGCUAAAAGGCCGAGGGCCGGAAUAAAAAGUGUUCCCGUGUGGGCGGGUCCUUGUGAGCUGCUUCCAUAUGCCAUCAUCAUGCAUCAUAAUGCUUUGCUGGUUUAUGACGGAUCUCUGCUUCCUAUGUGGCUUGGCUUCAGCUGGGUGUGUGUGGUCCAGAACGCACACACACACACACACACACACACACACACACACACACACACACACACACACGCUACAUGUGCUGCAGCGUUGCCACUGGUGUUAGGAGCACGCCAGGCUGUGAUGCAGCGGAUGGCGUGCUGAAGGAGCGGUCUCUAGAAGGCUGUAGCAUGUGUAGCAUGUGUAGCAUGUGUAGCAUGGAUGUUGACAUCCAGGCUCCCUUGGCAGCUGAUGGACAAGAACGGGUGAAGCCACAAGGUCAAGGAAGUCGUGCAGACGUUCAUUCAAUGCAGCGUUUAGCUCCAGUGUGCUUUGGGUGGCGAACGGUUAAACGAGAGCGCGAAGGAGGCCGUAACAAGGAAGUGGAAUAGAAGAGAGCCGAGGGAGGGAGGGAGGGAGGAGGGGGGAGAGAGAGAGAAGAAGAGAGGGAGAGGGAAGCUGCAGCAGCCCAGAGAUAAAAAGCUUUCCUCUGCCGGCGUCUGCCAUCAUCAAGCUAGCGAGCCAGGCGAGGGGCGUCGCGUUGUCCCUGGAGAACCAGGCUGGCCUUCAUCUGCAGGCCGACCACCCUCCCACCCUCCCAACCUCCCAUCCUGCCACAAUGCUACGCUGCAGCCACCAGGCUAGCUUGUCUUCAUGCGGAGACGCCCUGUGAUCCGCAUCGCCAUCCCUUUUUUUCCACCCGGAGUGGCAGGCGACGGUCCGGUUUUCCCUGCAGCAGAUGCAGAAUUCUUCUGGCGUUGCUCCACCGGGAGCGGAGCCUAGAAGAUGUCAGGCGAGCGUGUCGCCAGAUAGACUCCACAGUGCCGCUCCGUCUUCCUAAUGAGAUGCGGUGAGGCGCUAUUAGGAGACAUCACGUCCCCAGGGGGCAAAGACCACAUCAGCCCCCGUCUCUUGUGGGCCUGUUGCUCCGUCGCACUGCACCACCUGAUGGAGACAGGACUGGCUGGCUGACGGCACACGGACGCUCUGCUAGAAGCUGACUGGAUGCCAUCCAUCUCCGUGGGAGAUCCCACACGUGACGCUAGGCUGUCUCUCAGCUGCCUCUGUGGAGGAGCUAGCUUCCUGCAUCCUGCAUCCUCUUUCCACCUGCUCCUCGGGAAAGGAAGGAAGCAGAGAUCUUGGACAGCCUUUCCACCGGCAGCUCACACUGGAACAGGAGGAGGAGGAGGAGGAGAAGCCCACUCCCAAAGAAGCCGUGAGAGGAUUGGCUGAGCCUGGCUGCAAUCUGCGUUACCAUUGGCUGCGUGACUCCCCCAACAACCAACCAGGACGCCGUGGGAAUCCCAUCCUGGCAGCUCCGGGUGGGCCUACGUCACCACGUCUUCAACUCGGCAGCAUGGGCUUCCAUGAGCCAAGAUGCUGGACUGACACCAGUCUUGUGGAACCUGCCAGGUCCUGAUGAACGUGCUCUCACCGACUCCUCCUCGGCACGUGUCCUUGAAUGCCACCCCAAAGCCCCAGGCUUCCGGGGACUACGGCGAAGGGGAAAGGUUCUUGCAGAUGGCUUGCAGCUUCUAUCCUCCGUCCACCCCAAAUUUCUCCUCCAUUUUGCCGCUAGGUCUCCUGUCAACACCGUGAUGGGGAACUCCAUAGGUUGUGUCAGACCCCCACGAGAGGGGGAGCCCUGUGGAAGCCCACCACUGGCACGCAAGAGGCGGCUACGCUUCAGACGUAGACAAAAAAAGAGGAGUAGAGAUGGUGGUCCUGCUGAGCCUGAUGGUCAGACGCAGCCUGCAGCUGGAGAAGCUUUCCACUCUGACAUCCGCUGUGCUGGAGGCUCCCGUCUGACGGUGCCCAAGCUGGAAUACCCAAACCCUGAAGCCCAGCAUACCCCCAAAGUCAGUCCGGCCUGGAGAGGAAUUUUCUGUCUUCCGGGAGAAGAAGACACCGUCAGUGCCAUCGUUGAGGUCUCCAGCAUCCCGAGCCAAACCACCACCACCAGCCCGGUCUACACGGCACCGGCGCCGGGCAGCGCCACUCCAGGGGGGGGGAGGCUCUACCAGGUUCGGGAGAAAGUCCACGGGGUUGUGGAGAAAGCCAGCAUACGUGAAGAAGAUACGGACGACGGGAGGGCAGCCAGGAAUGGAAGACGGAAAGAGUCUUUGGAGGUGACGCCUUCUGCAGGAGAGCACAAAGGUGUGGUCCACAUCAGAGAGGUAGACGGGAAGCUCUGCGUGGUGAGGACGGUCUACCCAAGUGACUUUGGUUCUCCAGCGUGGAGGGGUGACGGUGACCGUGAGGUGGAGGUCCAUCAAGAACCGCCUGCUCCUUUUCCGGUCACUGACGACGUUUUCAAAGUCCAGCUCUCUGAGGAUGAAAGUGACGCCCACGGGGACACCUGGGUUCCUGAGGUUCUUGGCUUGGACAUGCCGGACCGUGCGCCGGAGAGGUCCUCCCUCUUAGAGUCCUCGGGCUACGCCAGCGACCUCCUGCUGACCUCGCCAGAAACAGCCGUCACCACUCCCAGCCGGGCGGACUGGGCGACGCUCACCAGUAGCUCCAUGGAGAUGUUGGACACCAGGGUGGAGCAUCCUCAGGCUGCUGUCACACACCUGGCACAGAUUUCGGAGAUCUAUGUGUGCGGCGAGUCGGGCGACCUCACCGCCAAGGAGAAGCUGCUGCUAUGGAGCCAGCAGGCCACAGAAGGCUACCCGGGCCUGCGCUGCGUCAACUUCACCUCGUCGUGGAGCGACGGACGCAUGUUCAACGCCCUGCUGCACAGAUACAGACCCGACCUGAUCAACAUGGAGGCGGUGUCGCAGCAGAGCAACCGUGACAACCUGGAGCAGGCCUUCCACAUCGCAGAGUCGCUAGGGGUCACCAGGCUGUUGGACGCCGAGGACGUGGAUGUUCCAUCUCCAGACGAGAAGUCGGUCAUCACCUACGUCUCGUCCAUCUAUGACGCCUUCCCCAAAAUCCCCGAGGGAGGAGAGGGCAUCGCAGCACAAGAGGUGGACCAGCGCUGGUCGGAGUAUCAGGCCAGGUUCUCCUCUCUGCUCCAGUGGAGCCGUCAGCAAACGGCCCUCAUGGCCAACAAGAACUUCCCCCAGGAUCCCGUGGAACUCAAGGCACUUUACAACCAGUACGUCCAUUUCAAGGAGACGGAGAUCCCUGGCAAGGAGGUGGAGAAAGGUCACGUGGAACAUCUCUACAAACUCCUGGAGGUGUGGGUGGAGUUUGGGCGUAUCAAGUUUCCUCAGGCACUCCAUCCCAACCACCUGGACCAGGAGUGGGGAAAACUCAUCCUGGAGAUGUUGGAGCGGGAGAAGGCUCUCAGGCCUGCUGUGGACAGAUUAGAGCUGCUGCUCCAGAGAGCAAAUAAGUUCCAGAAGCUCGCUGUGGACUUUGAGGAGAAACUGACCCUGGCUAAGAACACGCUCCAAGCCGAUGUGACCCGGGCGGAGCGCGGCGAGGUGGUGCAGUGUGAGAGCGAGCUGGCCCGCUACCUGCAGGACUUUGAGUCUCUCAUGGGACAGAUCCAGCAGGAGCUGCAAGUCCUCCGUGAGGAGAAAUACUACCAAGUGGACCAGCUGGCCUUCAGACAAUCCUGCCUUCAAGAGGAGCUGGUGUCCCUCAGGCUUCAGUGCUCCAGCGUCUUCAGGAAAGGUCACUUCUCGCAGGCCCCAGGGAACACGGCCGAGGAGCUGCUGGGCCAGCGGGCCACGGGCCCCGGGCUCUCGCUGGGCCAGAUGCUGCUGGGGGCGGCGGGCGCUGUGGGGGCGGCGCUCUUGCGGCGUCCAAUGUCCCGUUCCCAGCUGGUGGCCAUGUCUUCCUCGGAGGACGAGGGCAGCUUGAGGUUCGUCUACGAGCUGCUGGGAUGGGUGGAGGAGACGCAGGAGCUUUUGGAGGGGGCCGAGUGGGGGGCAGACCUUCCUUCGGUGGAGAACAACCUCCAGGAGCACAACAGCGUGCACGCUGCGGUGGAGGAGCUCAUGGGCGGCCUGCAGGAGGCACGCGGCUAUGAGCCCAACGUCUCCACCAACUUUAAGAGCAACUACUGUGAAACCCUGGACAAGCUGGAACAUCAGUACUGCAAACUGCUGGAACACUCGUCAUGGCGCCUGCGGAGCCUGGAGAGCCUCCACGCCUUUGUGGCGCACUGCACCGAGGAGCUGAUCUGGCUCAACGAGCGCGAGGAGGAAGAGAUGGCCUACGACUGGAGUCACAACAACGCCAACAUGGCCGACAAGCGGGACUUGUACAGCGAGCUGAGAUCGGAGCUGGAUGAGAAGCAGCAGGUGGUGCGAUCUCUGCAGGAGACGGCCCACCGCCUGAGUCAGGACAACCACCCGGCCAAGCAGACGCUGGAGGCGUACGGGGCCGCCCUGCAGACGCAGUGGCAGUGGGUGGACCAGCUGUGCGUGUGCGUGGAGCAACAUCUCAAAGACAACACCCUUUACUUCCAGUUCAUGGGCGACGCCCGGGACUGCGAGUCCUACCUGCGCCAGCUCCAGGAGACCAUCAAGAGGCAGUACACCUGCGACAGGAGCAGCAGGCUGAGCAGACUGGAGGACCUGCUGCAGGACUCCAUGGACGAGAAGGAGCAGCUCAUCGAGUACCGGGGCACGGUGGCCAGCCUGGUGGGCCGGGCCAAGACGGUGGUGCAGCUUCGGCCCCGCAGCGCCGAGAGCCCCCUGAGGGUGGCCACGCCCAUCAGGGCCGUGUGCGACUACAAACAAAUAGAGACAAACGUUCAGAUCACCAUCAGCCUGGGGGACGAGUGCGUGCUGGAGGACAACUCCCAGCGGACCAAGUGGAAGGUCAUCAGUCCCACGGGAAACGAGGCCAUGGUGCCCUCGGUGUGCUUCACCGUGCCCCCUCCCAACCAGGAGGCCGUGGACGCCGCCUGCAGGACGGAGCAGCUGUACCAGAAGGUCAUGUCCUUGUGGCACCAGCUCCACGUCAACAUGAAGAGCGUGGUCUCCUGGCACUACCUGCUCAAAGACGUCCGCACCGUCUCCGAGUGGAACCCGGACAAGGUCCGCCGCCAGUCCCCGUCGGAACGCCAGCAGGUCCUGGAUCACCUGGAGUCCCAGCUAGCAGACUUCCUGUCCGACAGCAGAGAGAGCUCGUUGUUCACGCCGGCCGAGAGGCGGGACCUGGAGGCGGACGUCCGGCAGGCGCAGCGACACUCUCAGGACCUGCUGGACAACAUGGAGACAGAAGAGAAAGACGAGUCGACGUCUCGCUCGUAUCUGUCGGAGCUCCAGAACAUCACCUUGCGUCUGAACGAGGCGGAGCAGAGAUUAUUGAUGGGCAUUCAGACUCCGCCCCCAAGUGGUGUUUCGGGGGACAGCGGUGACAGCGCGGUGAGGAUUGCGGAGCACGAGGCGCUGCAGUCGGAGCUGGACGGCCUUCGCUCCAGUUUGGGCGCCGUGUCUCGCCGCUGCGUGGCUUUCUUCGAGGAGAAGCCGACGUCCUCCGGCGCCCCCCUCCUGCGCUCAGAGCUCAACCAGGCGGUGGAGAAGAUGGACAAGCUGCACAGCCUGUCGGCCGUCUUCCUGGAGAAACUGAAAACGCUGGACGUCCUGAGUCGCUGCCUGGAGGACGCCGAGAGUCUGCUCAGGAAGUACGAGAGCCGACUGAGCGAGGAGGACGUCGUCCCUGCCGACACGGCGGCCAUCCAAAACCUCAGGGACGAACUAGAGAAGCGUCAGUCGGAGCUCGGCGAGCACGAGGGCGUCUUCCGGUCCCUGGAGUCGGAAGUGCUGAGAGCCAAAGAGGCGGGGUCUGAGCUCAGCAGGCUCCACCCAGACCGCGGCCCAGAGCUGGAGCGCUACCAGGAGAGAGCCCAUCAGAUGCGUGAGAGGUGGAACGGAGUCGAGAAGCAGAUGGAAAGCAGGCGGUCAGAGCUGGACUCCCUGGGCUCCGCCCUGCGGCAGUACAGAGACGCUCACUCGGCUCUCAUGGGCUGGAUCCAGGAGACCACGGAGCGCCAGGAGAACACGCAGCCGGGCCAGGCGGACAGCAGAGCGCUCUCGGAGCAGCUGGCCCAGCAGACGGCCUUGGUGGCUGAGAUCGAGGACAACCAGACCAAACUAGACGAGUGUCAGACCUACUCCAAAGCCUACUGCACCUCGGUCAAGGACUACGAGCUCCAGCUGAUGACCUUCAGAGCCUUCGUGGAGUCCACACACAAGGUGCCGGCGAAGAGGAGGAGGAUGCACUCUUCCUCUGACGCCAUCACUCAGGAGUUCAUGGACCUACGCACCCGAUAUACGGCCUUGGUCACGCUGACCACGCAGCACGUCAAGUACAUCAGCGACGCCCUCAGGAGGCUGGAAGAGGAAGAGAAAGAGGUGGAGGAGGAGAAGCAGGCCAGGGUGGGUCAGGUGGCAGACCUCCUGGGAUGGGUCGAAGGUCUCCAGGGACGGACCUGCGGCCCCGACGCCGAGUCCUCACUCGCGGCGCAGCAGGCCAUCAGCCAGCAGCUGGCUGCCAAGAAGGACCACGUCGCUGAAGCCACCAGGAGCACGCAGGUCUUCCUGCUGUCCAAGCAGGCCAGCAAGCUGUCCCCGGAGGAGCGCGCCCACGUGGAGGCCCAGCUGGAGCAGCUGACGUGCACCUACAAGCGCAUGUGUGACUCGUCCACGCAGCAGCUGCAGCAGCUGGAGCAACGACUGGCCGAGGAGGAGGAGAGAAAGACUGAUAUUUGUAUCGCCGGGGGGAUGGACCUGGGAACGGUGGAAACCUUCCCGGUUUUUCAAGCGGCCCGACGUGGUCUUAUUGACCAGGACACCUGUCGUGUUCUGCUGGAGGCCCAGCUCAUCAACACGGGGGGGCUCCUCUGUCCCGAUGCCCCCGUCUGCCUUUCCCUGGAUGCGAGUCUGACCGAAGGCCUGACCGAAGGCCUCCAUGAAGGAGACCAGGCCGAGCUGGACGACCUGAGCGUGACGGAAAAGGAGAAAAGUGGCAGGCCAGUCGACGCUGAAGAAGGAACGUCCAGUGGAGUCUCACCACACCAGGAUUUGGAGCCCACUGGAACCAACGGAACACAAGAGAGUUCCCACCAGAACGCUGACGAGAAGUGGAUACCUAAACCCUCCUUAGAAGAAGAUGGAGACACAGAAAGUCCGGAAUCCAGGAAGAGUCCGGCUGAACCGAAGAUGCUGAAACAGGAAGUUCCUGCCUCGAAGUUAGCUAAAGCUGCUGCUGAGGAAGAGGAGGAUGACGAUGAGCUGUCAAGGCUGGUCCUGGAUCUGGCAAAGGGAGGUCUGCUGACUGAAGACGGGGAACGGUUGCUCCCGGAUGAAGCGGUGGCUCAGGGGGUCCUUCCUGGUCACACGGCGGUCAAAUUGAUGGCUCGGGCGGGAUUGUUUGGGGGUUUGGGCGGUGCCUCGCUGAGCCUGGAUGAAGUGCUCCAGGAAGGCCUCCUAGAUGAGGAUCUGAUGUGGACUGUCCUCAGGUCGGAUAAAACCCUGGCAGGGAUUGUGGAUGUCGAGAGACGUCAGGUUUGCGGCGUGGGGGAGGCGGCCCGGGGGGGUUUGAUCGACGCCAACACUGCGGCUCGGCUGCUGGAGGCCCAGGUGGCAUCAGGGGGGGGUUUUGACCUACGCAGGGACAAGAAAGUCUCCGUCACGUUGGCAUCAAAGCUGGGACUGAUAGACGUCAAUCAAAGAGAAGAACUGUUAGCGCUGGAGAAGGCACGCAAAGCAAAGGUGGGUGGGACACCAGCCGCCCUCACCAAAGCCAGCUUGCAGCUCCAGAUGGAAGGUGUUAUUGAUCCAGAGACCGAGUGUCCGGUUCCUCUGGAGCAGGCCAUGGAAAAGGGCUUCAUAGCCCCCAGAGAUGCUUAUCAGGUGCUCCUCAGGCAGGUGGCCGAGGGCGGGGUCAUCCAUCAUGCUUCGGGAAUGAGGCUGUCAGAUUCCGAUGCUGUGGCUAGAGGUCUUGUAGAUGUCUCCAUGGCUCCUGGCUUGGAGGAACUAGAGCGGGCUUUCCAAGGAAAGGUCAGCCCCUCACACUCAGAGGCUGCAGCUCCACAAGCAACAACGGGGGCCGUCUCUGACCCCCACUCCAGACGUAAGGUCACCUUGGCAGAGGCUGUUCCUUGGGGGCUUCUCCCAGACAAGACCAAAGAUGAAGUCAUGGCCUCAAGCGCUGGAGCUCCAGGGGUGAUGGACCCUGAAAGCGCUCAGAUUGUGCCGUACUCCGCCCUUGUUAGACAGGCCAAGAUGGACAUUGAGACUGGCAAACGCUUCCUGGAGGUGGAAGCCUUCAGAGGUAUUGAGAAUCCGGCAACAGGAAGCAGCCUGACUCUUCCUGAAGCUGUGGCGGCAGAGCAAGUGGACCCUGGUCCAGCUUUGAGACUUCUCCAAAGCCAGGCGGACAGCGGGGGCAUCAUUGACAUCAGCACCGGGGAAAGGCUCCCCCUUCCUGAAGCCCCCGGUGGUAUUAUAAACGAAGAGGACCGUACGGAAAGGCCUGUAUCUGGGGUACAGGUUCUACUGGGACCAGAUCCAUCCAUUGACCUUUUGAGUACAUUUGCUACAAAUGUCGAGAAAAGAAUCCAGCAGGCCAUCCAGGAGGCCAUCCAGGAGGCCACACCACAGACACGCCCAUCCACAUCACACCAGGCUCCUCCAUCAACAUCUGCAAGGCCGACAGGAGACCAGAGCGGAGAUGCUAGAUGGGAGGAACGCAUACCUGAAGGUUUGGCUACAGAAUCAACUCAAGCGCUUGCGAGCACCGCUGACCAACGUGAGGAAGAGGACAGAGACCUGAGACCUGGGACACCUGAGAAGGUUUGGUGUAGAUCCAGUGAUGAGAGCGGUACUUUGGUCAGAAGCUUUGAUGGACCACUGACUGAUUCCAGAAGAGCUGAGACCACAGCUGCCACUCAGGAACAGGAGCAGGGAAACCCGAGCGUCCAGGAACGUAGGAUGGGGAAUGUUGCACAGAGGAACGAUGAAGGAACGUCGGUGGACGGCCAAACCUUGGAGUCUAAAGAGACGGAGAGCAAAAGCAAGAAGAAGAGACGAGCUAAAAAGAAAGCCAGGCUCGGGGAAGAAGAAGUGGAGGUUCAUCAAGCUGGUGCAGAUAAGAAACCAGACAAAGACCAGUCCAAAACACGGAACAGUCAGACCGGUGGACCUCCGCAUGAAGCAAAGACUGAAGAUGGCGAGCUAACAGAAGAACCUACUGAAGUGCCAAAGGUCGUGGUGAAUGUGGACAGGAAGGAGCAGACGAGUGAAGAUGAUCAGUCAGUCAUCUCUCAGGACGUUGCUGGAAGGACUGAGCAGGAGUUACCUCCAAGGUCCAGCCUGCCAGAUGAACAGAAAGCCGCCCUGAUGCUCAAAGCCGAGGAGAACAUCCCCAUCCAGGGGGUUGAAGCAGAAGCAGGAGUGAGUGACAAGAAGCUGCAGGUGCUGGUCAGGAAGAAGGAGAUCUCAAACAUCAGAGGUGCUGGUGAUGCCCUCAGACCCCAUGAUGCUCCACAGAGUGAGGAGACUUUGAAAGAAGACAAAGACGUUGCAAAUGUCGGGGACUGCAGAGAGAAGUUGGAAAAGGAGACACCUUCAUGGGUUAAACCCGUGGAAGGUCAAAGAAGUAAGAAGAUAAAAGCUUGGUCUGCUAGCGGCAACUUAAUGGUCCAUCAAGGAGAAGCCAACCCAGAGGGUCUGUUAGCAGCCGCAGACCCCGAGGCCUUUGUUGGUGGAAAGGUAAGGAUGGGAUCUACAAGAGCUUCCAGUCAGCCAGAGGAACGAAGCUCUUGCCCUGAGGAACCGAUGCAGGAUCAUCUGAAAGAAAUCCAUUCAGAACAUGCUGGUGGUUCUCCUGAACUACAACCUGUGGUCAUUCGGUCUCGGGCGUGCAGCACACAACCAGAACAUCCAGCAGAACCAGAAGAAGAUGAGUGCCACCCACCAGAAGAUAGAACCACCAAAGGUCUUGAAUUGCCACCUCAAAGUGAAGAUCAGCCACAACGUAGGUCUCCAGAAACUCAAGCGAUCCUUUCAGAAGAGGCUCCUAUUGCCUCGGGAUCACCUGGACUGUCGGCUCCACUUGGAGAAGACAAUGGAGAUGCAAGGUCCUUUGACACGGAGGCGGUGGCGUCCUCUUCUGGCAGGUUCUCGCUGGUGCAUCAAGAGGUCUUGGAGCACCACCACAGAGCGGUGCCUCUGGUCUCCACGGUCGGACACCAGGAGGUCAGAGGUCAGGAGGUCCUUCAACAGCACCAGCAUCAGGUGCUUGGACGCAGCCCCGCCGCCUUGGAGGACAUCGCCGGACAGACGCAGGCUUUGGAUGUGGACCUGUGUGACCUGUGUGACCUGCGUGACCUGCGUGACCUGCGUGACCUGCGUGACCUGCGUGACCUGGAGCCUGAGACCACAGCAGAAGUGGAAGCUGUUGAGAAACUCUUGAAGCCCCACCCCGAAGAUGUCCCUGACCAGCUCCUACUGGCUCUGGAGAAGGACCAAGGAAGCUUGGACCCGAGGUACCAGGCUGCCAGGAUGCCUCCACAGGACCCUCUGCAAGGAGAUGCACACAAGGAGGCAGUAACAGCAGAGCUGAGGUCACUCGGAGCUCGAGUUGCGGCUCUUCUGUCCUGGUUGAGGGAGACGGAAGCUGAGAUGGCAGGAAGUGAGAAGGUGGAAGACCACCGUGGUGGACGUUCACAUCAGUUGCGUCUUGGCAAGGCAAGUUUGACCAUCCCGGUGCUGUUGGAUGCUUCACGUGUCCGCGUCCUAAUCCUUCCUUCUCUUGUCUCCAAGGAGAUGCGGUCCAGUCUGACGGCUCGCACCAGCGAGGUCGGCAACGUGGUUCUGGACGUCCAGGUCUUCAUUUCGGAGAGGGCCCGGGACCUGGCCCCCGAGCAGAGCAGGCAGCUCCUGGUGCAGCUCCACCGGAUGCAGACGGCCUUCCACGGCUUGGCCGGAAAAACCCGGGCGCGUGACGACGCCCUCUCGGCCCAGCUGGAGGAGGAGGGGGAGGAGGAGGAGGAGGGGCGACCCCGGCGGGAGAGAGACAAGGAUGAUGCCGACCAUCUCAGACGGAUGCGGCUUGAGGAGGAGGUGGUGCAGCAGCAGAAAGCAGAAUGUUCUCAGAAGCUCCAAGGCCUCAGCGUGUGGUUGGCUGGAGCGGCCGACCUUCUGGCCAACCAGAGAGCAGGAGUGGAAUCAGAGGACAUGAACGUCCUGCAGGAGAAGCAGAAGAAGUUAAAGGAAGUCCAGAGGGACCUCCAGACGAGAGCGGAGGAAAUCACCGAGGCCAUUCGCUCCGUGGAGGACUUCCUGGCCGAGCGAGGAGACGGCCUGAGUCCAGAGGAGAGAGAGAAGCUGCAGGUGGAGCUGGUGCAUAUGAAGGAGCGGUACGGCUCGCUGACCGACUCGGCCAACAUCUCCGUGUCGCAGCUGGACACCGCCAUCGAUGCCACUGUACGCCACAUCACACAGAGGGCCAAAGCUUUUGAGGAGCUGCAGGAGACACAAGCCCAGAUGGACUCCCUGCUCCAGGACCUCCAGUGUUCUCCUGACCGAGCAGCUGAAGACGUCCCCGACCUGUCCACCUCACAGCCUGACUCCACCGUGGCAUCUCACACCGAGGCUCUGCAGGCCGAGCUCCGGCGUCUCCAGUCUCAGCAGGCCCAGCUCGUCCGCAUCUCCCAGUCGGCUCGUUCCCUGCUGGACCAGCCAGAUUCCACGCUUCCUCCAGAGGAGAAAGGACGUCUGAGGGCCACCCUGGACCACCUGCAGGCUCGGCACCAGGACAGGCUGCAGAGCUGCCAGGAGCGGCUCAGGAAGUCUGAGGUGCUGAAGGACGAGCUGGCCAAGUUCCUGCAGGAGCAUGGAGGCCUGGUCUCCUGGCUGGAACAGAGCGAGCAGGAACUACGCUGCUUGGGGGAAGGAGAGACGGAUGCGCAGGAACUGAAGAACAGGCUGGAGGAGCACAGAAAGCUGGUGGAGGACGUCAUUUGCCACAAGGCGGACCUGCGCUUCGUCUCCAUCUCGGGUCAGAAGGUCGUGGACUCCGUCCAGGGAGCCGUGGAGCAGGCGGGCGGCUCGGACCCUGCGAUGGAGACCACCAAGCGGCUGGUGGCGGACAAGCUGCAGGACGCCAACCACAGAUACGCCUCGCUGCACGCCAAGGCGUCGGAGUUGGGGGGCCGCCUGUCUGCUCUUCUGGAGAGGUACCAGCAGUACCAGGACGAGGUGAUCUCUCUUCAUUCCUGGCUCAGCACCCAGGAACAGAACCAAAGCAUAGCCAGGCCCGGUGGAGACACGGAUCCCCAAAACCUGCACAACACCCUCAGACAAGUCCAGCUGCUGCAGGAUGAGCUGGCCGAGCGUUCCGUGCAGUUGGAAAAAGUCAAAAGAGCGGGAAGGCUUCUGGUCAGCACGGACGAGUCUCCCUGGCUGAAGGCCGUGGACAUCCUGUGUGCCGCAGACGGCUUGGAGAAGAGGUUCUGUUCGCUCUCCGUGUCCGUGUCCGAGCGGGCCGAGCAGCUGCAGACGGCGGUGGCUCAGUCGGUCAGCGUGCAGGAGGGCUUGGGGGCUCUGCUCGGCUGGCUGGACACGCUGGCCCUCAACCCGGGACCGGUCCAGCCCACAGCGCAGGCGCUUCAAGACGCCCUGACCCAAAACCAGAAACUUCGCCAGGAGUUGCUGUCCCGGCAGGGCAGCGUGGAGGCGACACGGGAGUCCGUCUCCAAGCUGCUUCAGAGCCCCGACGCCUCCACGGCCUCGGGCCUGCAGGUAUCCCUGGACGAGCUGACCCGGAGGUUUGCCGCCGCCCAGGCCGACCAAGCCGAGCGAGAGGCGGCCCUCAAGACUCUGCUGCCCAGGCUGGAGAGCUACGAGCGGCUGGGGGCCGACCUGGGGGUCUUCACCCACAGCCGGAUGAAGGCUCUGAGCCCGGCGGGUCAGCCCGACCGCAGCGUUGAAGACUACAGGCAGACCGUGGAGGAGGUGAGGUCGGAGCUGCAACAGGAGGCGGCUCAGCUCAAGUCCUUCUGCAGCCUUGGUGAAGAACUCUGCACGUCCCAGGUUUUGGGUCCCACGCAAAGCUUACUGGACCACAUGAGAGAUGUCAGCGGGGACUUUAAGCAGCUGGAGGACAACGUCAACCAAAGACUGGCGGCCAUCGUGGCGUGCGAGCAGCAGCUGCUCCAGUUCCGCAGCCUCUCCGGCUCCCUCCUCAGGUGGCUCCAGGCGGCGCAGGAGCAGCUGCCCGCCAAGGAGCUCAGCGUGGACACGGAGGCGCUGCAGAGGAGAGUACAGCAGCUUCAGGACCUGUUGAAGGAGUGGGAGACCCAGGGGGCCAGGGUCCAGCAGCUGAACAAGAGCGGCUCAGAGCUGGAGGCCCAAGUCAUCGACAUCACGGCCCCGCAGACCAAAACCAGCGCCGCCCCCCAAGUCAACGGCUCUGUAGGUCCCAGCAGUGUCAAUGGCAUCCACACUUGCAAAGACCUGACGGAGAUCCAGGUGGCCGUGUCGGACGUCAAUGCUCGACAGGAAGCCCUCGGCACGGACCUGAAGGAGCGUCUGGGCCGCCAGCAGGCCUCGCUGGAGCUGAGGCAGAUGGCCAGGCGGGGCGCCGAGGACCUCAAGGACUGGCUGAAGGACAAAGAGGUCAACCUGGGACAGGGAGGGGCCGCCUCCCCAUCCAAAGCGGAGGUGGUGCGCGCCCAGGCUCAGGAGAACAAGGCUUUGCUCUCGGAGCUGGCGGAGCACUCGGCCAAGGUGGAGGAGCUGAGAGGAACGCUGAGGAAGCUCAUGGCCGACAACCCAGACUCUCCCGAGGCGGACGUCUGGAGGCAGCAGCUGCAGGAGAUCGACUCUCGCUGGCUCUCGGCCAAUCAGACGGCGGUCCGGCGGCAGGCGGAGCUGGAGGCGUGCGCCGACCGGCUGGGCAGCUUUGCGGCGGCGGCCUCCCAGCUGGGUCCGUGGCUGAUGGAGAAGGAGCUGAUGAUGAGCGUGCUUGGACCGCUCAGCAUCGACCCCAACAUGCUGAGCACGCAGGAGCAGCAGGUCCAGUUCAUGCUGCGGGAGUUCGACAGCCGUCGGCCGCAGUUCGAGCAGCUGACCCGGUCGGCCGAGGGCAUCCUUUCCCAGACCCGGGACACCGAGGAGCUGGAGGAGGUCCGGGCCGAGCAGGACUCCAUCUCCCAGCAGUGGCAGAACCUGACGGACAGGCUCACCCGGCGGUCGGAGCGCAUCGGCCAGGCUCAGGGAACCAGCCAGCGCUACCAGGAUCUGCUGCGGGAGCUCUCCUCCAGCGUGGCGGCCCUCGCCGAGCGUCUGGACGCUCAGGACUCGCUGAGCACGCGGCCAGAGGAGCUGAAAGCCCGCCUGCAGGAGACGGGCGAGGUCCGCUCGGAGCUGGAGAGGCGGAGGGCCGAGUUGGGUGAGGCGGAGCGUCUCUGUCGGGAGCUGAGCGACAUCGUGGCAGAACCGUACCUGAAGGACGAGCUGAAGAAGCGUCUGGAGAGCGUCAGCGGCCCCUUGAAGAACCUGGAGGAUCGUGCAGCUGAAGGUCUCGCCCAGCUGCAGGCCGCUCUGUCCUCCACCCAGCAGUUCCAGCAGAUGUUUGAGGAUUUGCGCUCGUGGCUCGACCGGCAGGCGGAACUUAGAGACUCGUCGCUCGACUCGCUGCCCUGCCGGCCCGACGCCAUUCGCUCGCUGCUGGCCGACACGGACCAUCUCCAGCGCUCCGUCGCCGGCCAGCGAGGAUCCUACGAGCUCAUCCAGGCCGAGGGCGCCGUGCUGCUCGCCGCUCUGCCCGCCGGCAGGGACGAGCGGGCCGCCUUGCAGUCCCGCCUGGCCCUCCUGCGGCAGGACUGGGAGGAGGUGAACGGGAGGCUCUCGGAGCGUGAAAGCAGGCUGAGGAGCACCCUGACCAAGGCCCAAAGAUACCAGCAGCACAAGGCCGAGCUCACGCCCUGGUUGGCCCAAUGUGAGGGGAAGCAUGAAGACAUCCAGCCCUCGCUCCACUCGUCUGGUCUGGACGAAGCCCUGCAGAAGGCCAGAGCGCUCUCCCUGGACUUGGACCGCCGGACGCCGCUGCUCGAGGCCUUCAACGCAGCCGCUGAUCAACUGCUGGAGGAGUGCUGCAUCGGCGAUGAGGAGGUGCGAGACGAGAAGGCGCAGUUGAACCGGCGCUUAGACGGCUUGGGCGAGAGGCUCCACGGCCGCACCGCGCAGCUUGAAGAGCUGGCAGGCCGCCUGAAGGAGUUUGAGGAGGGCCAGCAGGCUGUGGAGAGGCGGCUGGAGGCCGCAAAGCACCAGAUCGAAGUCCAGGAGGCUUUAGGACCUCAGGCCUGUAGCGCUAAGAGCCUGGAGAGGCUGAGGAGCCAGCAGGAGAGCCUCAGGUGUCUGCAGCCUCAGGUGGCCUACCUGCAAGACCUGGCCCGGGGGCUGCUGCAGGACGCUCCCCAGACGCAAGGGAGUGACACCGAGGGGGCACACGGCCUCCAGGAACAAGCCAGGAACACCCAGGCCGAGUACGAAGACGUUACCAACAAGAUCGAGCAGUGCUGCUCCAACCUGGAGUCCCGCCUCCACGGCAUCGGCGAGGUCCAGUCGCACGUGCGGGACGUCUUCUCACGCCUGGCCGACCUGGAUGACGAGCUGGACUCGCUCGGCCCCGUCGGGCGCGAUGCCGACUCGCUGGCCUCCCAGGCGGACACGCUCGGGGGCUUCCUGUCACGUCUGGCCGCCCUACGCGCCGAGCUGGAAGCGCACGCGUCCGACUGCACCGCCAUGCUUCGCCGAGAGGGCUCCUCCCCCGACCUGCUGGCUCUCCGACGGGAGACGGAGGCGCUGAGUCGGCAGGCUGGCAAGCUGAGCGAGCGCGGCCAGGCCAGGCUGGUGCAGAUCGAGGAUGCGGCGGAGAGGGUGGGGGUCUUCUACCGCCUGGUGGGGGAGCUGCAAGGCCUGCUGGGAGCGGCCCAGGAGGCUCUGGACGCGCAGGGCGCCGUGGGCUCGGAGGUGGACAUCAUCAAGCGGCAGCUGCAGGAGUUCAAGGCGCUGGAGAGACAGCAGGUGGACAACGUCCAGGCGAAGCUGCAGCACGUGAACGCCGUGGGCCAGGGUCUGAUCCAGAGCGCCGGUAAGCAGACGGACACCCGGGCGCUGGAGCAGGACCUGGAGGACACCAACCUGCGGUGGAACUCGCUGAACAAGAAGGUGGCGGAGAGGAUCGCCCAGCUGCAGGAGGCCCUGUUGCAUUGUGGGAAAUUCCAAGACGCCCUGGAGCCGCUGCUCAGCUGGCUGAGCGACACGGAGGAGCUGGUGGCCAAUCAGAAGCCCCCGUCGGCCGAGUACCGCGUCGUCAAAGCGCAGAUCCAAGAACAGAAGCUGCUCCAGAGGCUGUUGGACGACCGCCGGCCCACCGUGGAGAUGAUCCGCGCUGAAGGCGAGCGCAUCGCGGCCACGGCCGACGCUCAGGACGGAGAGAAGAUCCAGACCCAGCUCCAGAGUCUGGCCCGCAGGUGGAGCGACCUCCUGGACAAGGCCGGAUGCAGACAGAGGCAGCUGGAGGAGCUGCAGCUUCUGGCUCUGGAGUUCCACGAGGCCCUGGAGCCGCUGGGAGAGUGGCUGAGCGCCACCGAGAGGCGCCUGAGCUCGGCCGAGCCCAUGGGGACCCAGACGGCCAAGAUCAGCCAGCAGAUCGUCAAGCACAAGGCCAUCCAAGACGACGUGUCCUCACGUGGGGCCGAGGUGGACCGCCUGCGCUCGCUCAGCCAAUCGCUGGGCGCACUCAGCUGCGCGGCCGACCGCGAUUGGCUGGGCGAGCGCGUGGAGGCGGUGCGCUCGGGCCACGAGGAGCUGGCCGAGUGGUGUGCGAGGCGGGGGGGCCUGCUGGAGCAGGCGCUGGCCAACGCCCGGCUGUUCGGCGAGGACGAGGUGGAGGUGCUCAACUGGCUGGCGGAGGCGGGCCAGAGGCUGGCGCUGGUCUCGGUGCAGAGCCACCAGCCCGACGUUCUCGCCCGGCAGCACAAGCACACUCUGUCUCUCAAUGAGGAGAUCGUGAGCAGGAAGAAGACGGUGGACCAGGCCAUCAAGAACGGCCAGGCUUUACUCAAGCAGACCACAGGCGAGGAGGUCCUGCUCAUCCAAGAGAAGCUGGACGGCAUCAAGUCGCGCUACGCCGAUGUGACGGCGGGCAGCAUCAAGGCCCUGCGCACGCUGGAGCAGGCGCUGCAGCUGGCCACGCGCUUCGCCAGCGCCCACCACGACCUCGGCCAGUGGCUCGACGCCGUGGAGGCGGAGCUCAACGACGUGGAGCCCGACGCAACGCCCGCCUACCAGGAGAGGCAGAAGGAGCUGAAGAAGGUGUCAGCAGAGAAGCGUCUGGUCUUGGACACCUUGAACGAGGUGGGCAGCGCCCUGCUGGACCUGGUCCCAUGGCGAGCCCGCGAGGGCCUGGACCGCCUGGUCGCCGACGCCAACCAGCGCUACCGCCAGGCAGAUGACACCAUCACGCAGCGCGUUCAGCUCGUGCAGGCCGCCAUCCAGAGGUCGCAGCAGUACGAGGAGGCCGUGGACGCCGAGCUGGACUGGCUGGGCGAGACGGAGCGCAAGCUGGCGUCUCUGGGCCCGCUGAGCCUGGAGCCCGACGUGACGGUGGCCCAGCUGCAGGUCCAGCGGGCCUUCAACAUCGACAUCAUCCGGCACAAAGACACCGUGGACCAGCUCCUCGCCACCAGAGAAGACAUCCUGGAGACGUGCAGCGAUGCCCAGAAGGACACGCUGAUGGUGAAGACAGAUUCCCUGAGCGCCCGCUACGACGCCGUGAGCCAGAGCCACAGCGAGCGCUUCUCCGCUCUGGAGCGGGCCCAGGUCUUGGUGGCCCGCUUCUGGGAGACCUAUGAAGAACUGGAGCCGUGGUUGGGCGAGACCGAGAGCCUCAUCGCUCAGCUGCCGCCGCCGGCCAUCGACACGGACGCCCUGCGCCUGCAGCAGGACCAGAUGCGGCUUCUCAGGGAGUCCAUCGCUGAGCACAAACCCCACAUCGACAAGCUCCUCAAGAUCGGACCCCAGCUGGCUGAGCUGAGCGUCCAGGAGGGGGCGGGGGUGACGCGGCGCUACGCCGACGCCGAGAGGCGCUACUUUGCCAUCAAGGAGGAGGUGAAAGGUCGCGCGGCGCUGCUGGAUGAGGCGGUGUCCCAGUCUGCUCAGUUCCACGACAAGAUGGACCCCCUGCUGGAGACCCUGGAGGCGGCCGUGCAGCGUCUGCGUCAGCCUCCUCCCGUGGCGGCGGAGGUGGAGAAGAUCCGAGAGCAACUGGCGGAGCACCGGGCGCAGGGUCUGGAGCUGGACAAGCUGCUGCCCAGCUUCUCCGCGCUCUGCUCCCGGGGAGAGGAGCUCAUGAGCCGGGCCGCCCACGACGAUCCCGCCGCCCUGGCCGUUCAUUCCCGCCUGCUGCGGCUGCGCUCGCUGUGGGAUGAGAUCCGUCAGCGGGCCGAAGAGCGGGAGAGCAAGCUCAACGACGUCCUGGACCUGGCCGCCAAGUUCUGGGCGGACGUGGCGGCGCUGCUGAGCACGCUGCGAGACUCCCAGGACAUCGUGAAGGAGCUGGAGGACCCCGGCGUGGACCCCUCGCUCAUCAAACAGCAGAUCGAAGCGGCGGAGGCCAUCAAGGCGGAGACGGACGGCCUGAGGGAGGAGCUGGAGUUUGUCAGGACCCUCGGGGCUGACCUUAUCUUUGCCUGCGGAGAAACGGAGAAACCCGAAGUCAAGAAGACCAUCGACGAGAUGAACGCUGCCUGGGAGGGUCUGAACCGCACCUGGAGAGAGAGGAUGGAGAGGCUGGACGAGGCCAUGAGCGCCUCCGUGCAGUACCAGGAUGCACUGCAGUCCAUGUUUGACUACCUGGACAACGCAGUCAUCAAACUGUGUGACAUGUCCACUGUGGGAACUGACCUGGGAACAGUCAAACAUCAGAUUGAAGAGCUUAAGCAGUACAAAGUGGACGUCUACCAGCAGCAGAUCGACAUGGAGAAGCUCUGCCACCAGGGGGAGCUGCUGCUGAAGAAGGUGUCUGACCAGACGGACAGGGACAUGAUCCAGGAGCCCCUGACCGAGCUCCGACACCUGUGGGACAACCUGGGGGAUAAAAUCACCCAAAGACAGCACAAGCUGGAGGCCGCCCUGCUGGCUCUGGGUCAGUUCCAGCAUGCCCUGUCUGAGCUGCAGGCCUGGCUGAGCCACACCUACACCACCCUGGACACGCAGCGCCCCGUCAGCUCCGACCCCAAGACCAUCGAGAUAGAACUGGCCAAACACCACGUUUUGCGCAACGACGUGCUGUCCCACCACGCCACGGUGGAGGCGGUCAACGCGGCGGCUGCCGAGCUCCUGGAGUCCUCCCCCGGCGACGAGGCCGGCCACUUGAGGGACCAGCUGGACCAGCUGAACCGGAGCUGGCAGAACCUGCUGCUCAAGACCCAGGAGAGGCAGACGCUGCUGGAGGCCGCCUUGCAGCAGGCGGAGGGUUUCCACGGCGAGCUGGAGGAGUUCCUCCAGUGGAUGAGGCGCACGGAGAGCCAGCUGUCGGGCGCCAAGCACACGGGGGGGCUUCCCGAGACGGCCCGGGAGCAGCUGGAGCAACACAUGGAGCUCCAAGCUCAGCUGACCCAGCGUGCCGACCAGUACCACCGACUGCUGGAUGCCGGAGAGUCCAUGCUGCUGGCCCGAGGAGGGGAGGACGCAGGACCGGGGGCCACCCAGACCCAGCAGAACCUGGCCGUGCUGCAGAACAAGUGGGCCAGCCUCAACGCCAAGAUGGACGACCGCAGGGCCAAGCUGGAGGAGGCCCUGUCCUUAGCCACCAGCUUCCAGACGUCCCUGCAGGACACCAUCAACUGGCUGACCCAGGCCGAGCAGACCCUCAACAUGGCCCAGCCCCCCAGCCUCCUCCUGGACACGGUCCUCUUCCAGAUCGACGAGCACAAGGUUUUCGUCAACGAGGUGAACACCCACAGAGAGCAGGUUCUGGCCCUGGAGAAGGCUGGCUCCCAGCUCCGCUUCGCCAGCCUGAAGCAGGAUGUGGUCCUCAUCAAGAACCUUCUGCUGAGCGUGCAGGCCCGCUGGGACAAGCUGGUCCAGAGGUCGCUGGACCGCGGGCGACACCUGGAUGAGUCUCGCAAACGGGCCAAGCAGUUCCACGAGGCCUGGAGGAAGCUGACGGACUGGCUGGAGGAGGCUGAGAAAAGGCUGGACUCUGAGCUGGAGAUCCCCAACGAGCCGGACAAGAUCAAAGUCCAGCUGCUGAAACACAAGGAGUUCCAGAAAGCGCUGGGCUCCAAGCAGCCGGUUUACGACACCACGGUGAGGUCCGGAAGAGCCAUGCGGGACAAAGCGCAGCUGCCGGACGACACCCAGAAGCUGGACCACCUGGUGGGGGAGGUCCGUGACAAGUGGGACACGGUCUGUGGGAAGAGUGUGGAGAGGCAACACAAGCUGGAGGAGGCUCUGCUGUUCUCGGGUCAGUUUGCGGAGGCCUUGCAGGCCUUGGUGGACUGGCUGUACCGGGUGGAGCCGCAGCUCACCGAAGAUCAGCCCGUGCACGGCGACCUGGACCUGGUCUCCAACCUCAUGGACUCUCAUAAGGCCUUCCAGAAGGAGCUGGGCAAGAGAACCGGCAGCGUCCAGGCCCUUCGGCGCUCAGCCCGAGACCUCAUGGAGACGGGCCGCGAUGACACAGCCUGGGUCAAAGUUCAGCUGCAGGAGCUCAGCAACCGCUGGGAGACGGUGUGCGCCCUGUCCGUCACCAAGCAGACCCGCCUCCAGCAGGCCCUCAAGCAGGCGGAGGAGUUUCGCACGGCCGUCCAGAUGCUCCUGGAGUGGCUCUCUGAGGCCGAGCAGAGCCUGCGCUUCCGCGGCGUCCUCCCCGAGGAGGCGGAGACUCUGCAGGCGCUGCUGCACACGCACCGCAACUUCAUGGGAACGGUGGAGGAGAAGAGGUCGGAGGUCAACAAAGCGGCAGGCAUGGGCGAGGCCAUCCUGACCCUGUGCCAUCCCGACUCCAUCACCACCAUCAAGCACUGGAUCACCAUCAUCCGGGCGCGCUUCGAGGAGGUGCUCACCUGGGCCAAGCAGCAUGAGCAGCGUCUGGAGGCGGCGCUGACCGAGGUGCUGAACAACGCCAACUUGCUGGAGGAGCUGCUGUCAUGGCUACAGUGGGCCGAGACCACGCUGGUCCAGAGGGACACCGAGGCGCUCCCUCAGGACAUCCCCCAGCUUAAGAACCUCAUCACGGAACAUCAGAUGUUCAUGGAGGAGAUGACCAGGAAGCAGCCGGAUGUUGACAAGGUCACCAAAAGUUACAAAAGGAAACCCGCCGAGGCUCCGAGCAACCUGGCCGAGAGGAGAGGAGGACGCAAGCAGCAGCAGCAGCAGGCGGCCGUGCCGCUUUCAGGGGCCAACCCCCGCCUCAACCAGCUAUGUGCCAGGUGGCAGCAAGUAUGGCUGCUGGCGCUCGACCGCCAGCGCAAGCUCAACGACGACCUGGACCGGCUGGAGGAGCUCAAAGAGUUUGCCAACUUCGACUUUGACGUGUGGAGGAAGAAGUACAUGCGCUGGAUGAACCACAAGAAGUCUCGCGUCAUGGACUUCUUCCGACGCAUCGACAAGGAUCAGGACGGGAAGAUCACGCGUCAGGAGUUCAUCGACGGCAUUCUGGCGUCCAAGUUCCCAACCAGCAAGUUGGAGAUGACGGCGGUGGCGGACAUCUUUGACCGGGACGGUGACGGGUACAUCGACUACUACGAGUUUGUGGCCGCCCUGCACCCCAACAAGGACGCCUACAGACCCACCACCGACGCCGACAAGAUAGAGGACGAGGUGACUCGGCAGGUGGCGCAGUGUAAAUGUGCCAAGAGGUUCCAGGUGGAGCAGAUAGGAGAAAACAAGUACAGGUUCUUCCUUGGAAACCAGUUUGGCGACUCCCAGCAGCUCCGCCUGGUGAGGAUCCUACGCAGCACCGUCAUGGUGAGAGUGGGAGGAGGCUGGAUGGCUCUGGACGAGUUCCUGGUCAAGAACGAUCCGUGUCGAGUGCAACAUCCCGGACUUAAGAUCCUCCGCUCCGACUCCAGUAGCUCCAUCUCGUCCCGUAUAGUGGCAGUCACUCCAGGCUAUUUCUGCUGCAGAGCGCGGGGUCGCACCAACCUGGAGUUGCGGGAGAAGUUCAUCCUCCCCGAGGGGACGCCCCAGUGUCUGACCACCUUCCGCUCACGCGGCCGACGCUCCAAGCCUGGCUCGCGGAACGCCUCGCCCACUCGCUCCUCCUCCUCCGCCUCGCACAGUGGCGCCUCGCUGCCCUCGGCGCCCUCCACACCGGCCACGCCCACAACAUCUGCCUCAUCCCGGUCCUCGCACACUCAUUCCCGUGACUAUGCCAAGCCGUGGCUGGCACACAGUAAAACCCCGACGCCGCCCAAGAGUCACUGCUGCCCCGACCUCGCCGACAACGGGCACGAGCAGGGGGCGGCUUCGGGCUCCAAGCUGAAGCGGCCCACCUUCCACUCCAGCCGCGGUUCGCUGACGGGAGAGAACGGCGGAACGUCGCACGGCAGCAAACCUUCGCGAAGCGAUCCCAAGCGGGGCGCGUCCUCGGCCAGCGGCCCCACCAGCAGAGCCGGCAGCCGGACGGGGAGCAGAGCCAGUAGUCGAAGAGGCAGCGACGCCUCCGACGCCUCAGAGCUCCAAGACGCUCGCUCCGUCGGCUCGGACACGUCCGACACCUCGAGGCGGCCAGGGGGCGGAGCCAAACCUUCCAAGAUCCCGACCAUGGCCAAGAAGACGCCGAGUCCGAAAACCCCCGGGGCGGCCAAGAAAUAAAGCGGCACGCGCAUGUCUCUUCCUUUCGUCCGCCGGUGGCGGCCAUCUUGUGCGCCUGUCUCGCUCGUUUGCGGCAGGAAAGGAGGAGACGGAAGUCUGCGUCCCACACUGACUUGAACUUUCAUUCCGGAAACCCACAAAGCCGCGGUGACCCUUUGCCUUUCACCGCCGCCGUUGUCGUCCUUCCCGCCAAAAGCGACCUGAUGUGAUGCUGCCUUAUGGAGCGACGGGAGGGCGGGGCCACCUACGCACGCAAACAUUUCAGAGCCCACCUCCGUCACCGCGACACAAACACAACGGAAUUCAGGAGGAAAAAAACUGUUUGGCUUGCGGGCCAGAAAAUAUGCAACGACUGCCAUGCUCAGGGGGGCGGGGCCACAGCACCUCACCACCACCCCCCGAAUGGGCCGCCCCGCCCCGCCCCGGCGUGUGGUGGCCUGCAUCCCCAUGUGAGCUCGCCUCCUCACCCCGGCGUUUGUUACAGAUCAUCUGCAAAUGUUACGUCUUUUUGUUAAUUUAUACCUUUUUCUUCUUUAGCUUGAAAUUACUAUCUAAUAUUUCAUUGGCAGAUGAAGAUUUAAGAUGUUUGUAUAACAUCACGCACACACACACACACACCUUUGUCUAACGACCUUGACCAAAGGGUUUUGCCCUUCAUGUGUAAUAAGAAUGACAUCAUUGUCAGAGAUUAAGUUAAUAACAAAACAUCGUGCAUUUACAAAGAAGACAUCUUAUGGGAUUUUUAUUUAUUUAUUGUCUCUGUGUGUGGUGGGGGGGCAAGAUGCUGUUACUGUGUGAACAUGAAGCAAGACUGGGG